CAAAGAUACAUUUGUCUGUUCCUCGUGCUUGGUAUUACAUUCUGCCUUGGACAACAUCGAGAGUCGCUUGGUGAAGUAAAGCACGUCAAUCUUCAAUAUGGGCUGCAUGAGUUCAAAACCCGUCGACACGGCGGAUAAAGAUGCUGUUCAGCGAAGCGCUAGGAUAGAAAAGGUUCUGAAGAAUGACAAGAAAGUAAUGGACCGAACGAUCAAGAUUCUCCUUCUUGGUGCUGGAGAAUCGGGCAAAUCGACGAUCAUAAAACAAAUGCGAAUCAUACAUUCCGGCGGCUUCCCCGAGGACGAACGACGCCAAACACGAGCUGUCAUCUAUUCAAAUCUUGUUAUCGCCUUCAAAGUUCUACUGGAUAUCAUGCGCGCCGAAAACAUUGAUUUCCAGCUCGAAAAGACAAAGCCGUUAGCCGAAUAUGUAGACAAGCUCGAGCCUGAUGUCGGUUCAGACGAGGCAUUCUCAGAUCUCAAGGUCCGCGAUGCCCUCAGAGACAUGUGGGACGACACGGGUGUUCAGAAAGCUGUUGCUCGGGGCCACGAGUUUGCUCUUCACGAUAACUUGCAUUACUUUUUUGAUUCGCUUGAUCGAAUAUUCACUCCUGGGUGGCUUCCCGACAACCAGGACAUGUUGCAGGCUCGUUUGCGGACAACCGGAAUUACUGAAACUCUCUUUGAACUCGGUCAAAUGAACUUCCGAAUGAUGGACGUCGGUGGACAGCGAUCUGAGCGAAAGAAGUGGAUUCACUGUUUUGAAGGUGUACAAUGCCUUCUAUUCAUGGUUGCUCUAUCUGGUUAUGACCAAUGUCUCGUGGAGGACCAGAAUGCCAACCAAAUGCAUGAGGCAAUGAUGCUGUUCGAAUCCUUGGUCAAUGGCGAAUGGUUUAAGCGCAAACCGAUCAUCUUGUUCUUGAACAAGAUCGAUCUGUUCAAGGGAAAGCUGCAUGUUUCGCCUGUCUCCAACCAUUUCCCUGACUACAAUGGCUCCAACACGGACUUCGAUGCGGCAGCCAGGUACUUUGCAGACCGGUUCCGGGGCAUCAACCGGAUUCCCGAUCGUGAGAUCUAUAUCCAUUACACGAAUGCUACCGAUACGACGUUGUUGAAGGCAACAAUGGAUUCGGUACAAGACAUGAUUAUUCAAAAGAAUCUCCACACCCUCAUACUAUAAGGUUGUGACCUUUGGAACGAUUUGAAUUUUUACGAGCGAGUACGAGGCGUCAGCGAUGCUCAACUUCCGUUCUUCCCCUGCACACGUCAAGCGGUGAAAGCACGCUUGCUUUUCUUCGACUAUUUCUAUUCACUUCACUUUAUCCCUUCUCUUCCUGUACGUUUCUUUCUCCUUGUGGACUCCUCGUCUCAGCUUUUCAUUCCUUUCAAAAGCUUAUAUGUUUUCUCCGGUUCAGCGACGGGUGCAUUUCUUAUAUAAUGCAGAUUGAUACCAUAUACCAUAUGUUGUUUGCGUCCAUGUCUGCGCUUUUUGUCACACCUAACGAGCUCUUUUCCAUUCUCCUGAGCUGAACCUUUCCGUGCCUUUUACGCCUCCCAUGUGCCUUUCCUUUUCUUCUUACCUGUUGACAUAAUGAGCCCCCACCCACCCUAUCAUUUGCUCGUGUCACUUCUGGCAGCUCUCACUUGGAGCUGUAUCUUCUGUAUCCGAUCAUUCAGGCUCUCAUAAGUAUAAUUGCCCAUACUGUAAUUGUUCGGCUCAAGUGAGGUGAGCAUGGAACGAACAGAUACCCAAAUCAAAGCCAAUAUAGUGUCUUAGUUCUUGCAAAAUAGUAGUUGUCACCAAAGAAUCAGUGGGCUCGGCGGUAGUGCCCGUUUAUAUCGACGGCGAUAGGAAAUUAUGCAGGC